GAACACCGCUGGGCUCGGUGCAAGCAUCUCCUCCCGCACUUGGAAUAAAUCUGACAUCAUUUAAAGCUCGCACCAUGGACGCUACCAUUUAUCAGAUCAUACUUGGAGAGCUCGGGGACCUAAACUGUAGUUUGAUUGAUGCUUUCCAAGACACUUUUUUGGAAAACGCUUCAUUGUCUUUCCUGAGCACUGAUGGUUUAUAUUGUAAUGCCACAACCGAUGAGAUUGGAACCUGCUGGCCACGGAGCAGCACCGGGAGGAUUGUAGAGAGACCGUGCCCUGAGUACAUCAAUGGGGUGAAGUACAACACAACCAGGAGUGCUUACAGAGAGUGCAUGGAAAAUGGGACGUGGGCGUUGAAGAGCAAUUACUCCAAUUGUGAACCCAUUUUGGAGGAGAAGAGAAAAUAUCCAAUGCAUUAUAAAAUAGCACUGAGCAUCAACUACCUAGGCCACUGUAUCUCUGUGGGAGCUCUAGUGGUGGCCUUCAUUCUCUUCUUGUGCUUAAGGAGCAUACGAUGUCUUCGAAACAUCAUCCACUGGAAUUUGAUCACCACCUUCAUACUGAGGAAUGUCAUGUGGUUUUUGCUUCAGCUGAUUGACCACAAUAUUCAUGAGAGCAACGAGCCUUGGUGUCGAUUAAUUACGACGAUAUACAACUACUUUGUGGUGACAAACUUUUUUUGGAUGUUUGUUGAGGGGUGUUACCUUCACACAGCCAUUGUAAUGACUUAUUCAACCGAUAAGCUCAGAAAGUGGGUCUUCCUUUUCAUCGGAUGGUGUAUUCCAUUCCCUAUAAUUGUUGCCUGGGCCAUCGGAAAGUUGUAUUAUGAAAAUGAACAAUGUUGGUUCGGUAAAGAGCCUGGAAAAUAUAUGGACUACAUUUACCAGGGGCCAGUUAUUCUUGUCCUUCUGAUAAACUUUGUGUUCCUCUUCAAUAUAGUACGAAUUCUUAUGACCAAACUAAGAGCUUCAACUACAUCUGAAACAAUACAAUACAGAAAAGCCGUGAAAGCAACACUAGUCUUGCUACCUCUGCUGGGCAUCACCUACAUGCUCUUCUUUGUGAAUCCCGGAGAGGACGACAUCUCACAAAUCGUUUUCAUCUAUUUCAACUCCUUUUUACAGUCCUUCCAGGGGUUCUUUGUGUCAGUGUUUUACUGCUUUCUAAACGGAGAGGUACGGUCUGCAGUACGGAAGCGGUGGCAUCGCUGGCAGGACAACCACGCGCUUCGAGUGCGAGUGGCACGAGCCAUGUCCAUCCCCACAUCUCCAACCAGGAUCAGCUUCCACAGCAUCAAACAGACCACAGCCGUGUGACCAGGGGAACAAACACAUACUGUAAUCUCUACCACAGCAUCUGAGGGAACAGACUUACUCUUUUUCCAGUACAAAUAAUGAAGUGAUUUACAGAACGGACUGAUUUCUCAAACAAGGCCACAGUGUGUCCAACGUGACUGAAGGUCCAGGAAAUUUCUGUUGUCGGGUCAGAAAAUUAAAAAGCACCUAAAAUUACACUUGAAGUGCACAUGAAGUAAAAUGGACACAUAAGAGUCUUGGAAGAUUAUGUCCAUGUAACAUACUGUAGCCUACAUGAGAUGUGAGGGUUUGAGUUUUUCUAGAGAUUAGUGUAUUAAAAAGAUAUAAAAAUGACAUCAUCAAACUGUCACAUCACAACAAGUCUUAUCAUCUGAUUCCUGUCUUCUUACUGCUUAGUAGUUAUUAGUGGACCAAGAUAAUCCUGCGGGAUUUGCAGCAGGAUAUUUCAUACACAUGUAGGCACGUGGCUCCAUUGUGACUUUGAGGGAAGGCAUUGAGGAAUACUUGCAGUUUAAUUGGCUAAGAUGCAUUCACAAUGUUGCCAAAGCAGCCAUUUUUAUUGAGUAUGAUGAACAUCAAAAUGCAAAAAAUGCUCUUUGAGUUAAGUGCUCCUUGGCAUCAACAGCUGCUUUUGACAGUUUGGAAAGGAGCUUUGGGGAAGAAGAUGAUUCACCUGAAUUAAAUAUCAAAAAAAAAAACUGCACGGAAUAAAAGGCAUGAGAUUCAAAAGAGUCACUGCUCUCGGUAGUGAAAAGGGAUUCAAAAUAAUUUAGUGUUAGGUGAAUAAAAAGUAUUCGCCAAAACACAAUCGGUUGAGGCGUAUGUUUUGGUCAAUCUGAGCUGAAUAUUUUAUACAAACAAGCCAUUCUAAUGGAGCCUUUAUAAUGUUUCCUCAGAGGAGUCUUCUCCUUUAAGUCGUUUUUCUUUUUUUUUUAUACCACAUUGAAUUUAUAUUCUCGUAUUGUGCUGUUUUAAACAUUGUUGAAAAUAAUUGUUCAAAAGCUAAGCUUCCUCUCUAAUGCUGUGUUCCAGCUAUUUGUUUCCACCAUUGUUUGGUUUUUGUGAACAUACAGCAACUUAAUGUGAUAAGUGUUUGAAUUCUUUGAAGCUAAUGGAUGAGCAGUCCCAAAUAAAAGCUCUCUUCCAAACAAGUAAAUGGAAGAUUAUAUAUGGAGUUGCAAAAGUGAUUUGAAGUCAUUUAUGUAAUGCAAAUGUGAGUUAAGUGCCAUGCAUGGAUUUAUCAUGCAGGCACAGUGGAAGCAGAUUAAAUUCUUUUGGCCUCAUAAAAUCCUUGUGGCUUUCUCGUAAUCAGUGUCACAACUAAGCUGCUGGUUCAAGAGAAGAGAAGCUUGAUUAAGUGAGCGCCAAUUGUAUCCCUAACCACUUGCCCUGGUCAGAUCAACAUACUGUCGGGCUGUAACACCAUCUCUUACAUCUGCUCAGGCUGCUCAAACAGUAAUACUGGGAACAGCCAUAUUUGUGCAAUAACAAGCAAAAGUACCUUUGUUUGUACUAAAGGAUAAAGUGGAGGAAGGACAUAUUAGUUUUGAAUGGGAUUACGAACAAUCCAAAAAGUCUGAAUUAUGCCGCAAGCUUAAGCUUUGAUGCAGAUGUUCCCUGGUGUGUCCCAGAAAGACUUUUGGUCUGUCAGGUGGUACAAUUAAGAAUGUCUGAAGUAAUAGUUUGACAAUUUUGGGAAUUCACGUUCUUGCCAAGAAUCACAUGAGAAGAUUGAUAGGCUACCACUUUCAUGUCUGUUUGUUAAUUAUGAAGGUACAGCCGGCAGCUAUUAGCAUAGCUUAGCAUAAAGACAUGGAACAAACCCCCCCUCCCAUUAAACCACACAUUUUUUUCCCUUACUGUUACUGUUAAUAAGUGAAUUUUAUAGAGAUGUAAUUGUAAUGUGAGGACAGAGUAAAGCUAGCUGUUUCCCCGCUUCUACAGUCUUUAUGCUAAGCUAAGAUAUCUGGAUCCUAGUUGUAGAUUCAUGUUUAGCAUCGAGGCAUGAGAGUGGUAUUGAUCUUCGUAUCUAACUCUAAGCAAGAAAGGGAAUAAGCACAUUUUACAAAACAAACAGUGAACAUUUUUUAAAUGAAUUAUCUUGUUUUAUUUUAGUUUGUAUGUAAUUCUUUUGUUUGGUAUUUAUCUGUUAUUUAUAAAAUUAUUUGAUACAGGAUUAAAAUCCACUGGAUCUACACUUCUGUGGAGUAUGGAUUUUAAAAAAGUAAAAUAAAAAAUAUAGAAUUUAUGUGAGACCUGUGAUCAUAUGUAUCUGAGGGUGUUGUAUAGAACAUAAAAUAUUUCAUCAGUCUUUGUUUUAAAAUGUAGAUACAUUUCAAAUUUGUAUUUUGCAAACUUUUCUUACAAUAGUGCAGACAUUUUUUUGUUUUUGUUGACAUGCUGCUCAUGUGGACUGAUGUUAUGUGUCAUAUCAAAUGUAGGUCAUCCAAAGUGAUUUUAAUGUAAAUAUUUUCAUUUCUGGUUCCAGCAUCAUAGCUUGUGCAGCGUGUAACACUGCACACCCUUCCAUGACCUCAUCAUAAACAUAGAAAGUACGUCACAGAAUGGUUGUGAAAUAUUUUCAUACGUAAACAAGUAAACAAAUCAUUUAUUCAGACUCACCAAAGAGACAAACCAUGUUUACCAACAUAUAGAAUUUUUAUUAUCUACAUAUUUCUAUUGUUCCCACUGCACUUUGUAAACAAAAAACUUGUUGCUGUUAUUUUGUACACCAUUUAUUGUAGAUGAGUAAAUGUAUUCAACGCAGUGUGAUGUCAGAUUUGGUAAGUUAUAUUUGACCUACUGAUUUUAUUGAAGACUCUUUGUUGAACCACCCAUGUUGCCUUACAAACAAAAGGAAAUGCUUUUUUUUUGUGAAAAGGAAGCUAAUGUCUCUGUAAAUGAUGUAUCAUUGUGUUUCUGAUAUACAUUUGUACAUGCACAUGUGAAAGGAAAAAUACUGAUUUAAAUUGAAAUGAUACUCUUA